AUGUUGUUCACUGCGGCGGCGGGUUCAGUAGUGUUCAUCGGCACGGCGGAUAGUAACGAAGACGUAGUGGCAUCAGCAUCAGAGCUACCGAGGGUACUGUCAACAAGCAGUUGUCGACAUUGCAUGACAACGGAUGGACGGAUCGACGGACGGACGGACGGACGGACGGAUGAAGAGCGUUUGUUAUUGUUUGAGUGUAACUGA